UUCUGCUAUCUCAGUCCGGUUCUGAUAUCCUCAGCACCGCGGCCAAAUCUCCCUACACCAAAUCCCUGCACCACGAAGACGCACAGAUCGUUCCUGCCGGCGACAAAAGGUGCACAAAUCGCAUGGUGAACUCCUCGGACCGGCGACAGGGCCGGCACUGACCCAGCGCAUCCAGCCGGCGGCGCUGAACCAGCGCCGUCCUGCGAGCCGCGCAUAACCUGCUCGACGGAAUGCCGUACCGGGACGUCGUCGCGGCGACGGCCGCCAUCGGCGCGCUCGCCCGCGGCGGCCGGCACCGCGACGCCGUGGCGCUCUUCUCCCGCGUGCUCGCGGACGGCGUCCCGACGCCGAACGAGUUCACCUUCGGCACGGUCCUCCGGUCGGCCACCGCGCUGCGCGACCCGCGCGUGGGCGCGCAGCUCCACGCCUGCGCCGCCAAGUCCGGCCUCUGCUCCAUCGUCUUCGUGGGCAGCGCCUUCGUCGACCACUACGCCAAGAUGGGCGCCAUGAGGGAGGCCCAGGGCGCGCUCGGGGACACCAGCGAGCCCAACGUCGUCUCCUACACCUCACUCAUCGCCGGGUUCUUGAAGAACGGGAUGCCCGAGAAGGCUCUCCGGCUGUUCCGGUGCAUGCCGGAGAAAAAUGUGGUUUCCUGGAACGCGAUGAUCGGGGGGUGCAGCCAGGCGGGGCUCAGCGAGGAGGCCGUCGGCCUGUUCCGGGAGAUGUGUCGAGAGGGCGCCAGGCCGAACGAGAGCACGUUCCCCUGCGUGCUCACCUCCGUUGCCAAUGCAGGGGCGCUCGGCAUCGCUAGAAGCGUCCAUGCGUCGGCCAUCAAGCACUUGGGCAAGCUCGAUGUUUACAUCGGCAAUUCUCUCGUCAGCUGCUAUGCCAGGUGUGGCAGCUUGGAGGACAGUGUGCUGGUCUUCACAAACAUGGAGCAGAAGAAUGUGGUCUCCUGGAACGCUCUGAUCUGCGGGUAUGCGCAGAAUGGGAGAGGGGAGGAAGCUUUGGCUGCCCACAAGAGGAUGAUAGCAACGGGCUUGAAGGCAGAUAAUGUCACUCUUCUAGGAUUGCUGUUCGGUUGCAACCAUGCCGGUCUGGUCGACGAGGGUUAUUCGUUGUUCAAGACAGCCCAGAGAGAGCAACCCGGCAUAUUGAAGCCUGAGCAUUACGCUUGUGUUGUGGAUCUCUUGUCUCGUGCCAAACGAUUCGAUGACGCCAAGAGGUUUCUUGAGGACCUUCCAUUUGAGCCAGGCCUUGGGUUCUGGAAGUCAAUGGUAGGAGGGUGCCUGAUUCACUGGAACAAGGACCUCGCUGAGAGCGUCGCCGACCGUAUUCAUGCACUUGAUCCAGAGGACACUUCUUCAUACAUCCUUCUCUCUAAUGUUUAUUCUGCAGUUGGAAGCUGGAAGAGUGCGUCAACGAUCAGGAGACAGAUUAAGGAGAAGGGGCUCAAGAGGAUCACUGGCUGCAGCUGGAUUGAGGUCCAGGACAAGGCCCAUGUCUUCUUCAAUGGAGACUCUAAACAUCCUCAGAGUGAUGAAAUUUACAAGAUGCUUGAGGUUUGCCUGGAUACUGGUGAAGAUGAACACUGCCUUGCAGUAUGAUUGUGCAAAACGGUCUAAAGGACUGAGCUGAGGGAACAGCACUCGACACUCGACAGUAACUAUGUGUUUCUUUGGCGACUGAUGAAAUGCUUAGAAGAUAGCUAGACCGACUGGCUGAGAGUCGAUUAGUCAUGUUCAUCACUCAUCAGGUUAGGUAGAUCUGGAUGGACUUUAACUUGUAUGGUAGCAGGAGAAUAGGAGUUUGGCCUGGUAAGACCAACAGCGAACGGCAACUGAAGAGCACCUGGAGAUCAGAAGAUGGCCAGAGAUGGUUGGUCUUCCAAGCAGAGGAUGGUGUUGCAAACUUGGAACCUUGGAAGACAUGUGUAACUCAAGGCUUUCAGGGUGCUAUUUGGUUUCAAGCUGCCGAAGAUUUUUUUUUAAAAAAAACUGUCAAGCUGUUGAGGAAUGUCUGACUAGAGAACUAGAAAUUCUGUGAGCAAACUGCCAUGUGUUAAUGUGGAUACAAAAAUAGUUCGUACCAGACUCAUUGCAGAGUAGCACAUUAAGCUACUGGAUACA